AUGGUCUGCUGGGCUCUCAGGAGAGUCACCCAGGUGCGUCCCCACUUGGCCCGGAAGGCCAGCGGCGUCUACCCGGGCCACGAGCAUCAGCCCUUGGGCCCGAGGCCCGCCGCCCCGGGAGCCCCGGGCAACACGGUGGAGCUGCUGGGCAAGUCCUACCCCCGGGACGACUACAGCAACCUGACCCGCAAGGUCCUGUCCAAGGUGGGCCGGAACCUGCACAACCAGCCGCAGCACCCGCUCUGGCUGCUCAAGGAGCGGGUGAAGCAGCACUUCUACGCGCGGUACGCGGGCCGCGCGGGGGCCCCGCUCUUCUCCGUGUACGACGACCUCUCCCCGGUGGUCACCACCUGGCAGAACUUCGACAGCCUGCUCAUCCCGGCCGACCACCCCAGCCGGAAGAAGGGCGACAACUACUACCUGAACGCCACGCACAUGCUGCGCGCGCACACGUCGGCGCACCAGUGGGACCUGCUGCGCGCGGGGCUGGACGCCUUCCUGGUGGUGGGCGACGUGUACCGGCGCGACCAGAUCGACGCCCAGCACUAUCCCGUGUUCCACCAGCUGGAGGCCGUGCGCCUCUUCUCUCGCCACCAGUUAUUUGCUGGCAUAAAAGAUGGAGAGAACCUGCAGCUUUUUGAACAGAGUUCCCGCUCUGCCCAUAAACAAGAGACACAUACCCUGGAAGCCACGAAGCUCGUCGAGUUUGACCUUAAGCAAACACUUACCCAGCUUAUGACACAUAUCUUUGGAGAUGGACUGGACAUCAGAUGGGUGGACUGCUACUUCCCCUUCACUCAUCCCUCCUUCGAGAUGGAGAUCAACUUCCACGGGGAAUGGCUGGAGGUUCUGGGCUGCGGGGUGAUGGAGCAGCAGCUGGUAAACUCAGCUGGAGCUCAGGACCGGAUCGGCUGGGCCUUCGGGCUGGGGCUGGAGCGGUUGGCCAUGAUCCUCUACGACAUCCCCGACAUCCGCCUCUUCUGGAGCGAGGACGAGCGCUUCCUGAAGCAGUUCCGCGUGCAGGACAUCAACGAGCAGGUGGUGUUCCAGCCUCUCAGCAAAUACCCUGCUGUGAUCAACGACAUCUCCUUCUGGCUACCUCGUGAGAAUUACACGGAGAAUGAUUUCUAUGACUUAGUCCGAACAAUUGGAGGAGACCUGGUGGAAAAAGUUGAUCUUAUAGACAAGUUUGAACAUCCAAAGACACACAGGACCAGCCACUGCUACCGCAUCACCUACCGCCACAUGGAGCGCACGCUGUCGCAGAGAGAGGUUGGGGGCAUCCACCAGGCCGUGCAGGAGGCAGCCGUGCGGCAGCUGGGCGUUGAGGGCAGGUUUUGA